CAUUGGUGCUGCUUCCGUCUUGGUGCCGCUUCCGCAUGAACGUGGGCUGGCCACCCGUGGCCGAGCGCACCCCUAAAUCCGUGCGUGCGCCCGUGUCCGCGACUUGCAGAACCGACGCGCGCCAUCGCGCUGUGAUCAUGUCGCUUCAGUCGCAUCAAAAUGAAGGCGAAGGAGGACGCGAUCAAAUCGGUCGGCCUCUCGCUUCUCUACGAGCCUGAUGAGCCGACGGACCCCGUACUCGACAUCGUCCUGAUCCACGGCAUCGGCGGUCACCCCGUCCGAACGUGGAAAUGCCAGGGCCCAGUGCGCCAGAUACCGACGACGCCUAGCUCCACCAUAAACCUUUCCUCGUUCCGAAAGCGGCUGAGGAAGACGGCACCCACGGCGCAGCUGAGACGGUCAAACUCUGAACCUCUCCUGGUCCUGGAGAACAACCGCUCUACGGGUCGGACGAGGAACGUGCUCCGCAAGAACUCGCUCAAGUCGACUUCGAGACUAAAGCUCACCGACUUUGCUACCGAAGCAGGGGACAAGGCCCACCAGGGCAAGACCGAGGUCUUUUGGCCCGUCGAUCUCCUCCCAGCGACGUGCCCAAACGUCAGGGUGUACACUUGGGGCUACCACACGCUCGUCGUGGACAAGAAACCGCUCAGUCUGCAGAAUGGCAUCUUCUCCCACGCCGGUGAGCUGUUGGUCGAGCUCGCGAGCACUCGAGCAGCGCUGGGCGACGCAGCCAGGCCGAUAGUCUUCAUAACACACUCGACCGGGGGCAUCUUGUUGAAGGAGGUAACUACCGCCCCCGCACGGAACAGCUUAACCGCAGCAGACAGAUCUGACCUGUGUCAGGCAUUGCGGCUAUCCGAGCUUGAGCGCGAUGGUCCCCUGAAAGAGAUACUGUCGUCAACCUCUGCGGUAAUGUUUCUGGGGGCACCCCACCGAGCGACCGAGCACUCGACCAUGGCGGACGCCAUCAAGAGCAUGGCCAGCAUCACUCUGCGCGUCGACUCCAACGACUUUGUUCUGCAGGAGUUGAGCGGCGCGAACAGCCCCGAGGCUGAGCUGGGGCGGCAGACCUUUGUGAGGCUAUGGAACGACUACAACUUCAAGGUCAAGACGUUCCAGGAAUCUGUCGUCACGAGCUAUAGGUUCUUGGAUCUCAGGGCAGAGGCUACGGUCCGUCGCUUAGGAAGUUUCAUUGGCGACCCGAGAGAAAGUGCCGAGACUGUUGGCUCUUCGCACGCGGACAUGUGCAAGUUUGGCUCCUCCGACGAUCCGGGAUACAGGGCUCUCGCCAGCUCUCUGGUCAGGUUCAUAACCAGCGAAGAGGACCAGCGGCAUACUCUCAACGCCAAAGAAACAGAGUGCCUGGCGGCACUUGUCAGGCCUCACUUCGCCUUCUCUGAAACGCAUCCAGCGACCUCGUACCCGGGGACAUGCCUGUGGCUGUACGACUUGAACGACUUCCAGGCCUGGCACCACCGCAUUGGCAGCAACAAGAACAAGAUCCUGUGGAUGAGGGGCGAAUCUGGCUGCGGGAAAACCAUACUGCUGAGGUCGCUGCGGAUGAGGCUAGAAAGGCAAUGGGCCGGAGCUGGGAGCUCGUUUAUCUGGAGCAGCGCCGAGGGGUACGACACCAACAGCAUCUUCUUCCCCGGCACGUCUCGGCCGCAGCACGAGAUCAAUCCCGCCAACGUCUACCGCAGCGUGCUGGCCCAACUCUUCCUCCAAGACCCGCACCUCCGCAAGGCGCUCCUCACACUGUACAACCAGCCCCGCGAUGAUCCGCAAACGCUCGACGACGCCCUCGUGGUUUCCUUCUUCGCCGACGACUAUAUCGACCGCAGGGUCGAGACGCCCACCCGGCGGACCUUCAUAUUUGUCGACGUCGCCGACGACGCCGACUCGGCUUACGUCGAGGAGCUCAUCUGCCGCUUGGCCCAGCUCGCUCGUAACUCGGACUUUAGCAUCUGUGUUGCCAGCGCCUACCACCCCGAGCUCGAGGAACUAAGCUCGGUCAGUAUAGUUAUGCACCUGCGCAACACGGACGACAUCCUGCGGUACGUCAACCUCAACCUGGUGGCGGAGUGGGAGGAGCGCAACCGCACCGUCGUGCGGAUCGGGCAGAAGGCCUGCGGCAUCUUCCUCUGGGCCGAGAUUGUCGUCAACAUCCUGAACGCGGCCAUCAUGGAGGGCGCCUCGCAGGAGAUUAUCGAGGACACGCUCGAAGAGGUCCCCGGCGACCUGCACGGCUUGUACGAGUGGAUGCUGGCGACGCUGAAUGACACGGAAAAGGCCGAGGCCCUAAUCCUGUUUCAGUGGGUGAUUCUGGCGGCGGAGCCGAUGCGGCUCAACGACCUGUCUGUCGCCGUGAGGCUGACCGAGACUUCGCCGUUCAAGUCGUUUGACGAGCUUGGGCCCUUCAUGGCUCUGCACGUGGGGCUGCCCAUCUCCAUGCGCGAGGUGCGUCAGCUGCGCAACUCGGAAAUCACAUCCGAUACAC